GUAUUAUUAGUACUUCAUUUCUUUAUUUGGGAAGGAUCUUUGUUUAUUCUUUAUUUUUGUUAUGUGUAUUUAAGUUAAACAUUGUCAAUUGUAAGCCAUGCGAACUGCAAUAGAGUGUUUUUUGAUAACUGUUUUUAAUGGUUUUGUUAGACGAUAGAUGUGAGUUUCGUACUGUUAUGCAUGAAUUUGAUGCCCAUUCUAAUCUUACCCUUAAACAUUUGAAAAUUGUUAGAGAUGCUUCUAUUAGGAGGCAUUCAACUAUUUGCAAAUACUCUCUCCUUCCCUAAAUAGAGUUUCUAUUUUUCCAUUUAUGUAUGUUACAAAUAGAUUUUCCAUCCUUUAUUUGAUAUGGGUCCAUCAAUUAAAAUAUUAUUUAGCUUUAAUUUUUUAUUACAUUACGCUUUUCCCAUAAACAAUAUGACUAAAUUGAACAAUUUAUGAAUAAUGUACCAACUUUAAUUUUUAAAUGAUUUAAUACAACUAAGGUCCCACUUAUGGUUUCUCCUUGAUACUUGUACCCAAAAGAAUGGGAACUUUAUUUAGGAAUGGAGGGAGUAGUUCAUUAGAUAGAACAUAUCCUAAGGAUAUGAUUGAAUUGAACCUAACUCUUGGGAAAUGAACCUACUAUACCUUAAGUAGAGCAAUUGCCAAUGUCCACCUCGUCCCUAGAUUCAUGUAUUUGUUAUGAAUAUUUUAGGCAUCAAUUGCGUGGAUGAUUCAUUAAGAUAAGGUUACAUUUUAAGAAUUAAUGCUUUAUAGCCUCCAAAGAGAGAAUUACUCGAGUAAUAGUGUGUUUCACUUUGUUGUUUUCAGGUUUGAGCCUUACCAUUUUGUCUACAUUUUGCUUAUUCUUGCUUUAGAUUGAAGUAUUGAUGUUCAUAUAUACAUUAGAGUAUAGACAUCCGUAGUGAAAUUGUAAGUAAUCGAGUUUGCUUAUGUGCUAUGGGAGAGGGGAGUAGGGGUGCUUAUCGCACGAGCCCAACCCAAACUGUAUUGGGCUCGACUCAUCUCGUUCAUCUUUUAGCUCAGCUCGUGAGCUUGCCAAGCCUGAUAAGUGAAGCUUGACUCGAGCUCGCCUCAACUCGAUUUGAGACAAAUCAAAUAAACCAACCCAACAUUAAACCAAACAAAAAAUUUAUAUUCGAAAUUUUUAAAAAAAUCGUUGACAUAUUUUGUAGAAUUAUAGAUUGAAUUCAAAAAGUAAUAUGAAUAAACAUAUUUCAUUUCAUUUUUACUCGCUAACCAAAUAAAUUACUUACAGAUAUACAUAAAAGAUUGACAAACUAGAGUUAAAAGGAUCCAAAAAGAAAAGACAUGAAUUGUUCAAUGUAAAAAAUUGUAUUGAAGAAUACGUAUAAUAACUUUUUUAAGCGUUUUAGCCUAUAAUAACUUUUUUAAGUGCUUUAAGUUAUAAUAAUUUUUUUAUAUAUAAUAACAAUCGAGCGUUUACACGAGUUUUUCGAGCCGAUCUUGGCCUAGUUCGACUUGGCUCAUUAAGGUCUCGAGUCGAGCUCAAAUCUGAACCGAGUUACCACGAGUCGAGAUAUGACCGAGCCGAGCCUGAAGUGUUUGUGACCAGCCUAGCUCAUUAUCACCCCUAGUGGGGUGGUCAUGUGUUGGAAAGUGGGUUCUUUCUCCGAAGUAUUUCAAUUUUCCAUUCCCCAUAACACUCACCAUGGUUCAUAUGGGGUUUUCUGGACUGGUGUCAUUCUUUCUUGUUCGUGUUUUCAAGGUUGUAACUCCUGUCAAAAUGACAUUUGAAAUUUAUGCUACAUGUGUAAUUCCCAUAAGCGCCUUCUUUGCGUCAAGUCUAUGGUUUGGAAACACUGCUUAUUUGCAUAUAUCCGUGGCCUUCAUUCAAAUGUUAAAAGCUCUGAUGCCUGUGGCAACGUUUGUCAUGGCCGUUGUGUGUGGCACCGACAAAUUAAGGUUCGAUGUGCUCUUGAACAUGGUCCUGGUCAGUGUUGGAGUCGUCGUCUCCUCGUAUGGGGAGAUCCAUUUUAAUAUCAUUGGCACCCUAUACCAGGUCACUGGAAUAUUCGCUGAAGCACUCAGGCUGGUCCUUACCCAGGUCCUACUCCAGAAGAAGGGCUUGACUCUAAAUCCUAUCACCAGCUUGUAUUACAUAGCUCCAUGCAGCUUUGUGUUUCUGUUUAUACCAUGGUAUAUGCUGGAGCAACCUCAUAUGGAUAUUUCCCGAAUCCAGUUUAAUUUUUGGAUUUUCUUCUCCAAUGCUAUUUGCGCUCUGGCCUUGAACUUCUCAAUUUUCUUGGUGAUCGGUAGAACCGGGGCGGUCACUAUCCGUGUUGCUGGUGUCCUAAAAGACUGGAUUCUGAUUGCCCUUUCGACUGUGAUAUUUCCAGAGUCAACAAUCACAGGGCUCAACAUAAUUGGCUACGCAAUUGCACUUUUGGGUGUUGUUAUGUACAACUAUUUGAAGGUAAAGGAUGUUCGUGCAUCUCAAUCAGCUACACCAGAACGAACUCCAGAAAGAGUUGUAAAGGAUUGGAAGUUUGAAAAGAAGUCAUCUGACAUAUAUGUACCCAAUGAUGACGACGGUAAAAAUGGUGGAAGCAGUGGAGGGAGUAUUAUAGCUUCUGAGAAGAUUGUCGACGAAGAAGCUCCUUUAAUUCCAUCCUCUAGGUUGUCUCAUAUAGGGAGGACACAGGUAAACCCGCAUCCUGCAUGAUCUAUCUUGUCAUGAAGAUGUGAUCUUUUAUUUCCCCACUCUGCAGAGAAGAAUAGGAGCUAAAUAUAGCGGCAUACACUAUAUGUUGUAGACACUGAGAUGCAUCUUUUUGCUUUAUAUUUUUUAGGACAUGCAGAUCUAGGGCAAUUCAUUUGUAAAGACUCGGAAUAUAACCCUUAGUGGGUUUGUAUUUGAAAGCAAAGCAUUCAAUUCUCACUGAAAUUUUGCUGGUCA